GAUUUCCAAGAUGUACAGGUGAUGAUCUACAUUGGCUUCGGCUUUCUAAUGACAUUCUUGCGCAAAUAUGGUUAUAGUGCAACUGGAUAUACAUUAUUUCAUGACCGCGCUGGUUAUACAGUGGUGUAUUCUGGUUAAAGGAUUCUUUCACAUGGAAGAUGGGAAAAUAAGCUUAUCGCUGGAGAGUAUAAUUGAUGCAGAUAUUGCUGCUGCUGUUCCAUUGAUUAGUAUGGGUGCCUUAUUGGGUCGUACCACACCAAUUCAAUUGCUAUUCAUGGCUCUCAUAGAAAUUGUGCUGUUCGCGGCAAACGAAUAUGUCGCUUUGAAUAUCUUUAGUAUCUGUGAUGUUGGUGGUUCAAUUACAGUGCAUGCCUUCGGUGCAUACUUUGGCUUGGCUGUUAGUCUAAUGUUGCGCCCGGGCAAGGACCAAAACGAGGCAGGCAAAUACGAAGGAGCCAAUUAUGCAUCGGACAUCUUUGCCAUGGUCGGUACAUUGUUCCUGUAUGUGUAUUGGCCAAGCUUUAAUUCAGUGUUGGCCGAUGGCAAUGGCCAAGAGCGUGCCAUACUCAACACGUAUUUAUCAUUAGCAGCGGCAACAGUUACAACAUUCAUAGUGUCAGCACUUGUUAGUCACGAGAACAAAUUGGAUAUGGUGCAUGUACAAAAUUCAACAUUGGCUGGCGGUGUUGCCAUCGGCACUGUUUGUAAUUUACUAGUUGGAUCGCAUGGCGCUAUAUUAAUUGGCAUCAUUGCCGGCUGCAUUUCGGUGUUGGGUUAUCGUUACCUCACG